AUGGUGGCACUUCUUCUUGCAGUAUCAAUAUCAUUUAAAUCAGCCAAUUCAGACCCACAAACCACUUUGCUAAAUGAGGGAUGCAACACGAAGUACCGUGCUGAUAAUAUCACAAAUGUUGGCAUCAAUUUUAAUGCGUCUUUAGCUGAUCUUAGAAACCAGAUAUCAGAAGAUAACACUCAUUUUGCCGCAGCACAGGAAGUGUGGACUUCGGACCCGGUUUUCAUGUUGUUCCAAUGUAGGAACUACCUUUAUAUUGCUGAUUGUGUUUCUUGUUUCGAUACUGCUGCUUCCCAGAUCAACAAAUGCUAUCCUUAUAAUGGAGCUCGUUUUUUAUCUGAUGGCUGCUACCUCAGGAAAUGGUCAGAUUUAUGGCAAUCAAACAGCAUGACAGCCAACUGGUUUCAAACUCAGACUGAAGCUUUGUUACAGGAUCUUAAACUGGCGAUACCGCGAAUGAACGGAUUCUUUGCUGCAUCAAAGUGGCAAUUGAGCUAUGGUAGUGAUGCUGUCUACGCGGUGGCUCAAUGCACGGAAACAGUCAGCCAGAGUGGAUGUGAAUUCUGCUUGAAGCUGGUGUAUGACAAUAUAGAUGUCUGUUUACCGAAUACAGAUGGAAGGGGUUUUGAUGCAGGCUGUUUUAUGAGGUAUUCAGCCACCCCUUUCUUUGCUGAUAACCAGACAACCGACAUCAAACCUUAUGUAGGAGGAGGAGGAGGAAGAUCACGCAACACCAAAGUAAUUAUUGGUGGAGUUGUUGCCGGCCUUAUCCUUGUUAUCCCACCUGCUUUAUUGUUAUCGUAUCGCCUAUACAGGAAACCUAAGAAAGUUCAGACAAAGGCACGCAAGAUUUGUGAGAUCAAACAGCAUCUACAGUUGGUGGAUAAGACUAUGGACCCUAACGAGUACGAUGUUGAAGAAGUGAAGAAAGUCCUCGAGAUCGCCACCAUUUGCACUCAGUCACAACCUUCUGAGAGACCUACCCUGUCUGAGGUAGUUGUCUUGCGGCGUUGCCUUUCUUCUACGUCUGAACCUUUGUUAUCAAACUCUAAUGCCACAGCCUCUUUCACUGAUUUCACAGGCAGAUAG